UGUGAUGAUUAAGACGCAGGAUUUGCGCAUGCGUAAGACGUAUCAAUCUUUUGUAUAUUAGACACUAUUUACUUGGUGGAAGGUGUGUUGAUUAUUAGUUGACCAGAAUGGAUUUUUAUUCACUUGACAAUGACUGGAAGGGAAAAGGCAGGAAAUAUAACAACGCCUCUGAUACAUCUCUACGUGAAUUCAGCGAUCUAAAUAAAAGACACGAACUUAAGGAAAAUCGGGAGUCAAAUAAAGAAUGGAUAGACACAGUCUCCAGCGAAGAUGUCAAACCGGAAUUUAUUGAGUGCUCAACCAAGGACGGUUCAUACAAUGUACCAAUUAAAGGUGAAAACUACAUGUCUUCAGAGUAUAGCAUAUCGUCCAAAUGCAGAAAACAAACAAAAUACAAGAAAAUUGUUCUUACUGUUCUCGUCAUCAGCUGUUUAAUAACUUUAGCAGUAACGGUAGCUGUCAUUUUUGGCAAUUCAACACACAACAGGCAAAACUUCAAUGAAAAUUUUCCAGAGAAUGAAACCACAUUUGGAAAGAACAUUUCUUCAAUGGAAAUACCUACGCCCACAAUAGACCCCUCAAUCAAACUUACGACUGACAAUAUAGAUUUUAAAAUUACUUCAAGAAAAUCAAAAACCUCUGAGAGAAUCUCUUCUUCGAUGUCGUUCCUCUACACAACACUGAGUAAAUCAAAACCAAGCACUUCAAACACACCAGAGACAUCACUUCCAAACUUAAGUCUAUCUUCCGGACCUUCUAUGACUACCAGUCAAUCCAAAUCUCCUUCUAAAGUAGUAUCUUCUAUAUUAUCAGUCCCACCACCUACAUCCUCAACAAUUCAACCAUCAUUGACCACCAGGAAAUUCGAAUCUCCCUCUAAAGGAAUGUCUACUUCUGCAUCGUCAAUUACUCAAACACCAGUGACUACCGAUAAAUCCGAAUCUCCUUCUAAUGGAAUAUCGUCUACUUCAUCGUUUCAUUCUACAACAUUGACAACUAUUCAUCCAUCAGUGACUAUUAGUCAAUACAGCCAUUCUUCUGAAAGAACAUCCACGAGGACUUCAUCAGUCCCAUCGUCUAUAACGACAAUCACUUAUACUUCAAUGACUAAUAGUAAAUCCAAACCUCCUUCCGAAAGAAUAUCCUCUACUUCCUCGUCUACAUCGCCUAGCAUUACAGAACAACAGCAGCUUUCAACAAAUAUUGCAACAACCAUUGAAAAACAAACAACAGCAUUCAAUGAUACCCGUUUUGUAUCAACUACUCCUUCUACAAAAGCAUCUAGUACUAUCUUUACGACAGAAAAACAAUUUCUAACUUCUUUCAGAAACAUAAUAUACGCUACCACACAAUUGCAAUCGACUCACACUCAAACAACAUCUGUGAGUAAAACUCAUCCUUCUGUUCUAACAACAAUCAUAGUACCGUCACCUGAUAAGCAAAAAAUACCAGAAUUGAUUAGUAAAAAAACAUCUUCAUCAACAACAACUUCUGUUACAACAUUUGUGAAACCCUUAACAGAUAAACAGAAAACUACGUCAUCACAAAAUACACAAAAAACGACACCUUUGAUAACAACAUAUGUGUGAUACCUCUCACAGACGGCCAAAACCUUCGAUAUUGAGACAAGUUUCCCAAUCUUUUUCAAAAUUAUCAUCUCCGGUCACAACAAUAGCUUUCAACAGUUGAAAGACCCGGUUAGACUCGUUGAGGCAACUUGCUGUUUUUAUAUUUUACAAAAAAGUUGAUUUGUUUUCCUAUCUUCUGUCAUCUUCUCAAUUUAGAUAAAUGCGUAUAUAUACAAGAUAAUAAGUGAACGAACUUCUCUGUUACUUUUUCAAAUAGAUUGAAAGAUUUCACUUCUUUAUACCGGUAUGAUAAGCGAUUACUUACUUACUAAAUGUUUGAUGCAUGUAAUUGAGAUUCCAAUAAUAUUUUGAUCGCAGUUUUCAGUUUUGAAAAAAAGGAAUGUGCGCUAAUCGAGUGAUUUUGCUAUUUUGACAUGUUAAAAAUGAAGGUUGUCUGAGUCGUUUUGCUACAAAGGUAUAAUUUCAAUACAUAUAUAUCUUUUUUACCUUAAAACCUGGAUUACUCAGGGACUGUUUUAUAAAUUGAUUAGUGAUAUUGAAAUUUAUUUUCUUACCUGAAAAAAAAAUAAGUUUUAAAAGAUUAUUUAUCACAUUCAAACAUAUCCAUUUUAACUCGCUGUGUCGAUGUAUUUGUAAACGUAGGAUAAAAAAAAUUAAAGAAUCUCAUACAAUGUACGUUACUUUUCCUCUCCGUGCCUAAUAGAAGACGCAUGGAGUCGUGCAACAAAAGACGCUAAAUACAACAAACAUUCGCACCAACUUGCGCUUUCCGUUGUGCCAUCCCAGUUAUGCAAACUUUUAAUUUAUUCAUACUACUAUUAGUGUGACCCUUGAUCCAGCCAAUGAUCUAUAACAAUGCCAAUAAAUGGAUUAUCAUUUA